AUGUAUAAGAAAGCACGACUAGAUGCCCAACUUGCUCAUGCGCAAUCGUUAGCUGAUGACCCACAACAUGAACUCCGACGCAAAGCUGGAUUGGAACUGAGACAGUUUCUUCUAGACAAAUUCUGCACAGAAGGGGUGCCUGGUUCUGACGUAGCUCUGUUAUCCCAUUACAUCACCCAAGCUGGCGGCCUGGGAGUCAGUGAUCUUGCGCUGAACCCAUCUUCGGCCUCAAAGAAUGGGCAUCGACAUGUUCAGAAGCAUGCAGGAAAAAUUUACGAUGACAUUGACCUGGCUUACAUUGACUGCCCUGCCUACAUCAAGCGGAAUGCCACUCGAACUUGUGAGAAAAUUCCCAUUUACUUGCCGUCCCAAGCUUUCAGAGAUCAUAUCACGGAUGACAUGGUUUACUGCCACCCACGGAAAGAUUUUGAAAAAGUGAUUGGGGGCUUGGAUUGCUACAACGAGCACCCUGUCGUUCUUAGAGCAAAAGCUGAAGGUUUCAAGACCAAAGUUCGACCGCUAGCUCUAUACUGGGAUGGGCCUGCACCCCUUGCUGGAGCCUGCGUGUCUGACCUCCAGGCUUUGGAGACUGCUCCAUUGGUUCGAUACGCGGUCCUGGACAUCCAGGGUGAUUGGCCAGCAUUUUUACAAGUAUUGGACGUCAGCACAAUUGAGAUGCGAACCAAGAUCUAUCAGAAAUUGCAGUACAAGAAAAAGUACCGGGGCCGAACCCUUGUGAAAGACUUGCCGGAAUUUGGGCUGAAAAAAUUCAGUCGGCUGAUGCCUACACCUACUCUGCCUGAU